AUGAAGCUAUCCGGGAUGUUCCGAAUCAGCUUUGUCGCAGCUAUCGUCACUGCGCUCAUCCUGCUUCCAAGCCGCAUCGCUGCCGGUGGCAGCAACGAGGCGAGUACCUCGACUCCACUUCAACGUUAUUAUACAGGACAGCCCGGGACCGUAUUUGAUACCAACGACUACAUCCGGCAACUUGGAUACAAAACCAUUAAGCAAAUGGAUGGAGGCGAUCGUAAACUUUAUACCGAUGUCCCCUUUUACAGCAAAACUCCCUUGUACUCCAUUGGCACUCCCAUUGAAACGGUCCGACAGGCCCUCCGAGACCAUAGAUCUGUUGGAAUUGUCGAAGCCCACCCCGAUAAAGAUGCCCUUAGUAAAGCGAAAUGGAUCAAAAUGCGCGAUGGCAAAAUCGAAACGAUAACGAAUGAAGAAGACAGAAGAGUGAUGAUUAAUAUCUUCAGAAAUCAACUUGAUUCUAAACUGCAUAAACUCCGGAAUCUGGUCCGAACUGAACAAAUCUACAUCCAUCCUGGGGUAAACAUCGAUCACCUACCAGUUGUCAAUGGCAAGCCCAUCCUCUUCCAAGACUCUGCAACUCUCGGCCACAUGAUAACAGCCGCCCGCACCGAGCCGAAAAAGUUUUACUACGUCCCACAUGGAAGGGUCCCCAUAUUGAUCGACCCCAACAUAGACAAGCUGAUUGUGGACGAAGGUAGAAAUGUGGAGGAAGACCCUUACCGCGUUAUGGUCGGGUAUAAUAGCGCCAAGAACCAAUACGGCGAAUCAUUGGCAUCUAUAAUUUGGGGCAAGCCUAUCAAACCCAGUACUGAUAACCUACGAACUGCGAAAAUUUCACUAAAGGACUCUCCGCGGUUUAGACAUGACGGUCCGAGAGAUGCUAUGGCGAGAUCACUGAAAAACAGCAAACUCAUCCGCGUAUACAAAGAGAUCAAUGGAAAGGAAUAUGACUACAAGGUAAAGGUGCUGAAUCCUCUAGCCAAGAAAGGCGAAGCUUUAAGAUUCUCUGUUAAACCAGUCUCCACCUUAGAACGUAUACGGAUGUUUUUUCGAUUUACUCAUUGA